AUGGGACACGCGUUCGGUGCCAACACGACCGUUUCGGGGGAGGUCGUCUUCAACACGGGUAUGGUCGGCUAUCCGGAAGCAUUGACGGAUCCUUCCUACCGUGGACAGAUCCUCGUCUUGACGUAUCCCUUGAUUGGCAACUACGGGGUGCCAGAUGAGAAUAUCAAGGAUGCGCACGGCUUGCCCAAGUACUUUGAGUCUUCACAAAUUCACGUUGCCGGUCUCAUUGUCAGCAGUUAUUCUUGGCAGCAUUCCCAUUGGGCGGCACAAAAAUCUCUCAGCAAGUGGCUGACGGACAACAACGUACCCGCCAUGUAUGGUGUCGAUACUCGUGCGCUUACCAAGCGAUUGCGAGAACACGGGUCGAUCCUGGGACGCAUGAUUGUGAAUCCGCCCCGUAUCGAAGAAUCGGUUUCUUCCGAAAUGUUUGACGAUCCGAAUACACGCAAUUUGGUCGCGGAGGUCUCGACCAAGAAAGUCGUUGUCUACGGCACGGGAAACUCGCCCAAGGUCAUUGCCUACGAUUGCGGAAUGAAGUAUAACAUUAUUCGCUACCUCGUCGAGAUUCACAAGGUCGAGCUCGCUGUUGUUCCUUACGACUACGAUCUCGAAGCUAAUCCCGACAACCUCGAAUGGGAAGGCCUCUUUCUUUCCAACGGUCCCGGGAACCCGACCAUGUGCGAGCAAACCAUCAAGUCGAUUCAGUACGCCUUGAAUCUGGAAGUAGCCAAGCCAAUCUUUGGUAUUUGUCUCGGUAAUCAGCUGCUGGCACUCGCUUCUGGCGCCAAGACCUACAAGCUCAAGUAUGGAAACCGUGGAAUGAAUCAGCCUUGUAUCGACUUGCGGACGGGACGAUGCUACAUUACUCCACAGAAUCACGGCUUUGCCGUCGACGCAGCGAGUUUGUGCGAGUUUUGGAAACCACUCUUUCUCAACGCCAACGAUCUGACCAACGAAGGUAUCGUACACACGAACAAGCCCUUUUUCAGUGUCCAGUUUCACCCGGAAGCGUGCGGCGGUCCGACCGACACUGCGUUUUUGUUCGACAAAUUCGUCGGACACGUAAAGAAUGUGCCACAGCCGUUGGUGUUGCAAGAUAGUCUCAGCUACGAGCGCAAGACGUACAAGAAAGUUUUGCUGGUUGGUAGUGGCGGUUUGAGCAUCGGACAGGCUGGUGAAUUUGAUUACUCCGGAAGCCAGUGCAUCAAGGCGCUCAAGGAGGAAGGCAUUGAAGUCAUCCUGAUCAACCCGAACAUCGCAACCGUUCAGACCUCACAAGAAAAGGAAGAAAAACAGGCUCGUGCUGCUGACCGAGUCUACUUUUUGCCCAUUCAACCCAAUGUUGUCAUGGACAUCAUUCGCAAAGAGCGCCCUGAUGGUAUCAUCGUAUCCAUGGGUGGACAGACUGCCUUGAACGUUGGAGUUCAGCUUUGGCGCUCGGGGGAACUUCAGGCUGAAGGUGUGGAAGUUCUCGGUACGCAAAUUCCUGUCAUUGUAGCUACAGAAGACCGCGAGAUCUUCAGUGAAAAGCUGAAGGAAAUUGAUGAGACUAUUGCUCUCUCGUAUAGCGCUACCAAUAUUGAGGAGGCGGUCGUAGCCGCGAACAAGAUUGGAUACCCCGUGCUGAUCCGAGCUGCCUACGCUUUGGGAGGUCUAGGGUCUGGAUUCGCGGAGAACGAUGCCGAGCUCAAGACAAUGGCAGCCAAGGCCUUUUCGACGAGCGAUCAAAUUUUGAUUGACCAGGACUUGCGUGGUUGGAAGGAACUAGAAUAUGAAGUUGUCCGUGACAACAGUGACAACUGUAUUACGGUGUGCAAUAUGGAGAAUUUCGAUCCUCUGGGUAUUCACACGGGAGACUCCAUUGUUGUCGCCCCAUCUCAAACUUUGACCAACCGGGAGUACUUUAUGCUCCGCCGUACUGCUCUGAAGGUGGUUCGCCACUUAGGUAUUGUUGGAGAAUGCAACAUCCAGUACGCCUUGCACCCUGAAAGUGAACGCUAUUGUAUCAUUGAGGUGAAUGCUCGUCUUUCGCGAUCCUCUGCCUUGGCCUCCAAGGCCACUGGUUAUCCACUUGCUUACGUCGCAACCAAGCUGUCGCUGGGAAAAAAUCUUGUUUCGAUUCGAAAUUCAGUGACGAAGACAACAACGGCUUGUUUCGAGCCCAGUUUGGACUACUGCGUCCUGAAAAUGCCUCGCUGGGAUCUGAAGAAGUUUUCCCGUGUCUCCAACAAGCUUGGUUCUUCCAUGCUUAGUGUUGGAGAAGUCAUGUCGAUUGGUCGCUCCUUCGAAGAAGUGAUGCAGAAGGCGUGCCGUAUGGUAAACCCGAAUCUAGACGGUCUCGAAGGAAACUACUCCGGGCUCGUCGAUGAAAGUUUUGACUUGGAAACGCAACUGACUACCCCCACCGACACACGCUUAUUUGCGGUCCAGACAGCUCUUGAGAACGGCUGGUCCGUAGACAAAGUACACGAUUUGACAAAGAUUGAUCGUUGGUUCCUAAGCAAAUUGAACAAUAUUGCUACAAUGCGAAAGGCCGCAAUGGCUGCCGGUUCUCUCGACAACUUAACGAGCAAUAAUGGACGGGAGCGUAUGCGUCAACUGAAAAUGGCGGGUUUCAGCGACCGACAAAUUGCUCGCUACGUUGGUCUUCCAGGUACGCUUGACGGUGAGUCGCGCGUCCGUGACCGUCGAAAGUAUCUCGGAGUGACCCCUGUUGUCAAACAGAUUGAUACGCUUGCUGCUGAAUUCCCGGCACAGACGAAUUACCUCUACGUAACCUACUCGGGAGAUGAGGAUGACAUCGAGCCAUCAUCACACUCAUCACAACUCACCCCGUCUUACCGCUAUUCUCUUACGGAGAAGUCUCGCUUGGAUUCGGGCGAGUUUCGUGCCCGAGCUAGAGCCUUUUCGGUCGGCCAGGCAGUGGCCAAGAAUACUUUGAAGGAGGCAAAAGAACGGGGCGUCAUAGUUCUGGGCUGUGGAGCCUAUUGUAUCGGGUCCAGUGUUGAGUUCGAUUGGUGUGCGGUCUCGUGCAUUCGACAGUUGCGCCGCGAUGGAUUCAAGAGCAUCAUAAUCAAUUACAAUCCCGAGACUGUAAGUACAGAUUAUGAUGAGAGCGACCAGCUCUAUUUCGAAGAGCUCAGCACAGAGCGUGUUUUGGAUAUCUACGAACGCGAAGGAGCUGCUGGUGUUAUCGUUUCGGUUGGAGGACAAAUUCCGAAUAACCUGGCAGAUCCGCUUUCACAGAGUGGCGUUAACAUUUUGGGAACAGAUUCUAGCGACAUUGGCCGUGCCGAGGAUCGUCGUCAAUUCUCGGACAUGCUUGACACCCUUGGAAUCCAACAGCCCGAGUGGUCUGUCCUCAAAUCGAAAGACGAAGCGAUUUUGUUUGCCGAGAAGGUUGAGUACCCAGUUCUAGUUCGUCCCAGUUUCGUGCUCUCUGGCGCUUCGAUGAGAGUCGCCGCCGAUGAGUUCCAGUUGCGCAACUUUUUGGACUUGGCUGCGGACGUUGGUAACGACAAGCCAGUCGUCGUGACCAAAUUUAUCCUCGGAGCGAAGGAGAUCGAGUUUGAUGCGGUAGCUAACAAGGGAACAAUUCUCAACUACGCAAUUGGUGAGCACUUGGAAAAUGCUGGUGUUCACAGCGGAGAUGCUACUGUUAUCCUUCCGGCCCAAAAAUUAUACGUCAGUACGAUCCGUCAGGUCAAGCGUUACGCCAGUGCGAUUGCGAAGUCUCUUCGCAUCACGGGACCAUUUAAUAUCCAGUUCAUGGCUAAAGGUAAUCAUGUGCAGGUCAUUGAAUGCAAUCUUCGCGCGAGUCGAACCUUUCCGUUCGUAAGCAAAACGUUGAACAACAAUUUUAUCUCUCUCGCCACGAAGGCUAUGGUUGGACUUGAAGCCGUUCCCUACAAGAUUUCGUUGCUCGAUAUUGACUUCAUCUGCGUAAAAGCUCCCAUCUUUUCAUUUACCCGCCUUCGUGGUGCCGACCCGACCUUGGGUGUGGAGAUGGCGUCGACUGGCGAGGUUGCUUGCUUUGGAGAAGAUUCUCAUUCCGCGUUCUUGCAGUCAAUGCUUUCGACAACGUUCAAGUUACCCAACAAGAAUCGAACCAUUUUGCUUUCAAUCGCCAGUGAGGAAUACCGACGUGAGUUUGCUGAGGCUGCUGUCAUUUUGCACCGUCUGGGCUAUAAACUUUUCGGAACUCCUGGUACGGCAGCGUACUACCAAGACAAUCACGGCAUUGAGAUCAAGUCUGUUUCUAAACCGGAUGCUGAAACGGACGAUGCUCCGGGAACUGCCUUGCACGAAAUCAAGAACGGAAAGAUUGACUUGGUGAUUAAUGUGAGUGAAGGAGCGACGCGUCGCGAAGAAAUCACGUCGGGUUACAUUAUCCGCCGGGCGGUGGUGGACUUCGGGGUCAGUCUGGUAACGGAUGUUAAGUGUGCCAUUAAACUCGCGGAGUGCUUUGACCGCGGAAUGGGCGACGGUAAAUUCGUUCCACGCCACAUUGUUUCGGCCCAAUCUUUCACGCGGGGCCAAAUCCAAAUAUGUAACGUCGGUCAGUGCGCAUCAAAGACAGAAAGCUUCGGUGACUUGCAAAGAACGAGUGCGACCGGAAAGACGCCAUGA